GUACAGUACGGAUCCCUGUAGAAGGGGUGAAAUGACAUGAGCUCCUCAAUGUCGACGCUCCUAUUACCAGCACUACUGGCUUGAUCUUGUGCGUUUGGAUCUUUUCGCGGAAGAAGACAAACUUGCAUCUGUGAGCUACACUUCUGUCGUGAAAGUAGACACCUCUUUGUAUUGCUACUAGUACCGUCGGUUGCGUCCACAGGAGUUUGAGACUGUUGCUAGGCAUCUGUUGACCUCUGAACUAGCAAGAGAAAUUUUCCUUCAGACCCCUAAUCCUUGUGGAAGUGCCGAAAAAAUGACAGACUCCACGACAAAGAAGGACGAUGAUCCCAUUCCGCUUCCCCUCUUUUUUGCCAAACCAUGCAAAGACCAAGUGCGCAUGUCUCCCAAUGGCAAAUGGCUGGCAUAUCGAUCCCGUGACAAAAAGGGUGUCUUGAAUUUGUGGUUGCAAGAGAUUGCCACUGGCCAAGAACGACAAUUGACAUUCGAAAAGGACCGAGAUGUGUGCAUCCUCUACUGGUUCACAUAUGACGACGAGACCAUUGUCUAUCUCAGAGAGCCACAACAAGGUCUAGAAUUGUACCAUUUGUACGCCAUUGACUUGACGACGAAGACGACGACAUCGGCCACACCUCGCGAUUUGAUCCAAGACAGUGGCACCACGUGUGCCAUGGGCUUUGCCGGGGGUCUGCAAGUGUGGCUGGAUCCACAACAGCCACGUUACGUCUACACGUCCACGGCUCCUUGUGGCUUUCGCAGUUCGUUCUGGAAUAUAUCUCGACUAGAUAUUGAUAGCGGCGAACAAACAAUCGUGGCGGAAAAUCCACUGGGCACCUCUUGGUUUGGAUUGAUUUGGUUCGUCUUGCAAUGUCUUGUGGCAGCCUUGCUUCGCCUGCUGGGUCUGGCCACUGUGGAAGAUCAACCCAGAGCUACCGUGCAAUGGUUUCCAGAUGCCGAAAUGAAGUUUCGAGGGCGUCUCGAAAUCAGUCUAGUCGAUCUCUCUUGCGGCUGGAAAGUCACGACACCAGACGAUGACAGCAACAAUAAUUGGAAGCAAUUGUAUUACGUGACGUGGGCCAACGGCAAUCUCUCCCUGGUGGGAUCCACGGGUGGUAGUGGAACGGCCCAUUUCAACUUUUCGCCCUGCAACAAAUGGGUCGAUCUGCAUGUCUGCAACAAGGCCGAUACGACUAGUUGGGAGCGCUUUGAUAUGGCCCAAGGAAUCCAUGUGAAGCAGCUGGCCGUUCAUGCUCAAUCGGACAUUACUGGAUUUCUCUUGCAUCCGAAAACACGGGCUGUACAAGCAGUCAAGUUCAACUACGAGAAACCCUCAUUGGAGUGCCUAUCUGACGACUGUCCCGAGCACGUCACGCGAGACAUUGCUGUCCUCAAAAAAGAGUUUCCCUCCGCAUCUGUCUCCAUUGUCAGUCGCACCUUGGAUGAUUCCACUUGGGUAGUUCAUGUCCAAUCUGAUGUCGGGUUGCCGCAAUGUCUGGGCUCUCCCAGUGGAUACUUUGUCAUGUAUCGACAUGCCAGUGACGACGAUGAUGACAAGGAACCAUCUCUGGAAUUCCUCCUAUCACCUCAUCCGGAAUUGAACAGCAAGUACUCGUUGGGUACCAUGCGAGCGGUGCAUAUCCCAUCUCGCGAUGGUCAGGAUCUACUCUGCUAUCUCAGUCGACCCGCCGAUACGACAAGUACUACCAAGACACCAUUGGUAUUGCUGAUUCACGGAGGACCCCAAGCCAGAGACAUUUGGCUCUUUCAUCCACUCUGUCAACUCUUGUGCAAUCGAGGCAUGACUGUUUUACAAGUCAACUACAGAGGAUCCACUGGCAUGGGAACCCGCUUUAUGAAGUUGGGUAUGGAUGGCGCCUUUGCGACGGGUGUUCAGGAUGACAUUCAGGACGCCGCUCGUUACGCCGUGGAACAGGGUUGGUGUCUCCCCGAUCGCUUGGCCAUUAUGGGAGGGUCCUUUGGAGGAUACUGUGCUCUGGCAGCCAUUACGUACAGAACCACAAUCGACAACAAUAGCGACGACAAGUCUGUUUCCUAUCAGUGUGCCGUGUCCAUUUGUCCGCCGUCCAUCAAUGGGGCUGCUAAUCCCCACAAGGCAUUCUAUGGGAACCCCUUGAUUGCUCGCUAUUGGAGACAAGUGUUCGGGAAUGAGAUAUCCGACAAUGUGGAAGCGGCCAAGCGAGUGUCACCCUAUUUCCACAUGGACAAGGUAAAGUGUCCACUCCUGCUGUUGCAUGGACAAGAUGAUCCACGAGUGCCUAUUCAGCAAACCAAUGACUUGUUUCAAAAGCUACAAGAACAAACAUCAUCCACCGGCAGUAGCGAAUGCGAAUAUGUGCGUUUUGCCAAGGAAGGACAUGGGAUUCAAAAGGAGCAGAACGUUUUGUACAUGUAUCAUUGUGUGGAACGUUUCCUGUGCCACCAUUUGAAGUUGUCGGAUCCUCCAACGUUGGAAGAUUCUUGGGUGCAGGGGCAUACAGGUACCAAAGUGUCACUUGGAUCCGAUGCAAAAGACAAGAAGGUGUAAUGCAAUGUAAUCCCUCGAACCUUUUUCAAGUACAUGUAAACUAAACUAGGGCUAAGAAUAAGAACACUAUAGUCCUAUUGAUAUUAUUACCU